GGUGAGACUCKCUCAAUGAGCUCAGAGGAUGGCAAUGGCAAGUCACUGUGGGAUGGUGUGGCUUCUUCUCAGUGUCCUUCUUUUCCUUCAGACGGAGCAGACAGCCAUACCAAAUGCAUGCAAGAUCAACAACGGCAACUGUGAACAAUUCUGCAAAGCUGACCAUGAUGGAGUGGUAUGUUCCUGUGCUUAUGGCUAUGCUCUGGGCAGUGACAACAAAACCUGUGUUCCUGUAGUCAAGUUCCCUUGUGGUAAAAUUCAGAGUAGUCAUGAAGCCAGCCCAGAAGACAUCACAGGAACCAUGGCAAGUCUAGAAGCUCAUCCUGAGCAUGAGGAAAGUGCUGAGACCUUGAGCAAUCACACUGAGGCUAUAGGGGAAGGUGGCAAUUUACCUACUGCGUGUCCAUGGCAAGCUGUUCUACUACAUGAGGAUGAUAGCUUGCUUUGUGGGGGAACGAUUCUGAAUGAGUAUUUUAUACUUACUGCAGCUCAUUGUGCUAAGCAGCCUGGAGAGAUUGUCGUUCUUGUUGGGGACGUGGACACAAAAAAACAAGAACAAAGCGAAGCAAGGCACACAGUGGAGAAAAUAAUCAUACAUGACGCAUUUGAUUUCGAAACUUAUGAGAGUGACAUAGCUCUUAUCAAAUUAAAGGAACGUAUAAAAUUCUCUGAGUACGUUAYCCCAGCAUGCCUUCCAGAGGAGGACUUUGCUACUCAAGUUCUGAUGAAACAACCAUACGGAAUUAUUAGUGGCUUUGGAAGGCUCUCUCCUCAUCAACAGCUGGUCAGAAGAAUGAAAGUGUUUCAAAUCCCUUAUGUAGACAUGGAUACGUGCAAGCCUGCCAUUCGGAGUUUGGUCACAGAAAACAUGUUCUGUGCUGGUUAUAAUAAAGAUGGAAGAGAUGCCUGCAGCGGAGACGGAGGAGGCCCCCAUGUAACCCAAUACAACGGCACGUAUUUUGUUACUGGCAUCAUUAGCUGGGGCGAAGGCUGUGGAACACCAGGAAAGUAUGGAAUAUACACCAACUUGUCAAAGUUUCUGCCCUGGGUAAGAAGCAUCUUGGACCAAAAUUCUUAAUUCCUUGACAUUUAAUCAACUGCAUUGUUUUAACCAGCAGAUCUGAUCUCUAAAUAAUGUCCUCUUUUUCAUAAACCUGCUAAAAUUCUGUUAAGAGAAGCCAUUUAUUCUUUCAUGAGUUAAUGCCUGGUUUUCAGAAAGUGUGCUUAGACCUCAAAAUAGAACUACUACUUUUGGACAAUACUGUAACGUCUUCCAGAAAGAUGGUUCAGGAACUCCAUCUUCUCUUGUUGUAGUUAUUCAAGUCUGUCUAUAGAAGACUUCGAUUAUGCUGAUAAGCCCUCUCCUUUUCCAAACAAAGUUGAAAUUAAAUCAAUAUAUAUCUGUCAGUAGUUGCUUUAUAGAGCUGGUUUAUAAGUCAGACUAGGGCAAUAACAAAUUAGGACAGUAUCAGAGUAGCAAAGUACUUCUAAAACCUCAUGAUAAACCAUGUG